UCUAGUUGAGGGGAAGUCGAUCGGGAUUAGGAGGAAGCCGGGCCCACAUGCAGGCGCCCACACCCACACUUCAAUCCUCACGCCCCAGCAGUUAAUGCCUUGACGACCCUCCUCCCCUCUCCCCAACCAAGCAUAGAAUAGGCGGACACACAGGGUGAUAGAGAGAGAGAGAUUCAGAUCCACCCGCGUCUUCUCUUCUCCCCUCUCGUCCACCCAUCCCUCGAUCGAUCCGGCGAUCUCCGCCGCCGCCGCCGCCGCCGCUAGCAGCAGCAACUGCACUAGGUAAAGAGGAGGAGAGGAGAGGAGAGGGCGCGCGGUACAGAGGAGGAAGAGGCGUGGGGAGAGAAGAUGUUCCUGUGGGACUGGUUCUACGGCGUGCUCGCGUCGCUGGGGCUGUGGCAGAAGGAGGCCAAGAUCCUCUUCCUCGGCCUCGACAACGCCGGCAAGACCACCCUCCUCCACAUGCUCAAGGACGAGAGGUUGGUGCAGCACCAGCCGACGCAGCACCCGACGUCGGAGGAGCUCAGCAUCGGGAAGAUCAAGUUCAAGGCCUUCGAUCUCGGCGGCCACCAGAUCGCCCGCCGCGUCUGGAAGGACUACUACGCCAAGGUUGAUGCUGUGGUAUAUUUGGUAGAUGCUUAUGAUAAGGAACGUUUUGCUGAGUCAAAAAAGGAGCUUGAUGCACUCCUAUCUGAUGAUUCAUUGGCAGCUGUCCCGUUUCUUAUCCUUGGCAACAAGAUUGACAUUCCAUAUGCUGCUUCUGAAGAGGAGCUGCGGUAUCAUCUAGGCCUUAGCAACUUCACAACUGGGAAGGGCAAGGUCAGCCUAGGUGAAUCCAAUGUCCGGCCCCUCGAAGUGUUCAUGUGCAGUGUUGUCCGCAAGAUGGGCUAUGGUGACGGGUUCAAGUGGGUCUCCCAGUACAUCAAGUAGAUCCCUUGUCAAGACAUACUUGCAUACUCUGCCCAGCGAUUUUUUUUCCUUCUCGUUUGUUUCAGUUGGUUGUUCUUCACGACAACAAUCAUCAUGACGGUAUGGAGGGUAUGAAGAGAAAACAGUGCUUUAACAAUUGGGGACGAUGUUCCAUGUUGGAUAUUUAGCCUCAAACCAUUUGUUAUGUCGAGCUUCUAAAAUUUUUUUGCUUUUCCAUAGGGCGUUUACUAAGGACUUGGAAGAUGAUGAAUUAUAAGAUUAUUGGUUUCUUAAAUGUUGCUUUGCUUAUGGAUUGCUGCA